CUUCACAUGAUUGACACGGGGAUCUCGGACUGACGUCAGCAGGUGGUGCUGCCUUCCAGGACUGUGGGAGAGUCAGACGGCGAGGAGAGCUGAGGCUGGAGCGCAGCGCUGCUCCCACAGAGGCAACACCGGAGGAGAGUGACUUUACCGGGGACACAGAGGAGGAUUUCGUGAUGCGCCACUCGUGCGUAAAACGCUGGCACAUUCUCCAGAGCGCACAUGAAGCACAGAGAGGAAACACCAAACCAUAAAUAACCAUCGUAAACCUCAUCGUGGCCACGUUCAGCCUUUAAAAAAAAACUCAUUUCAAGGCUUUGGCAUCGGGGGAGGAGAGAAUCAGAGGAGGCUAUAUGGGAUCUGAUUUUUUUUUCAUGAAGGAAAAAUGAACGAGUGAAUCCCAAAGGAGAAAAGUGUCAAGAGCUGGUAACUGAAGAUUAAUCCUGAAACAAAACUGAUGGUGGAGCACUCAUGAAGCUGGGCAUCUGAGGCGUUUUCACACCAAGGACUCUAAAUAAAUUCACCGUGAAGGGGCUCUUCUACAGUGAGAUUUUCUUAUGAGAAAUUCGAUCUGAUAGGAUAUUAAUUACGCACAUGAUAUUCUUAUAUCAUUUCAUAACUGUCUGUGCAGUAGAUGGGGGAGGUAAGAUGUUCUCUCUUUUUGCAACAUCCCAGAAAAUGAAACAACAGUGAAAUUAUUGGAUCUUCUGCUCUCAUUUGCCUGCUGGUCAUCCCUGGACCUCAGCUUAAAAGGUAUUGUUGUUGUCUAGUUGUCAGACGCUAAGUUCCUUUCUCCAGUGAUAAUAUUAACUCUUUUUUUUAACUUCUGAACUGCAGCUUUUUGCUUCAAUGAUACACGAGUGAUGUAUCCUGUGAGGGAAAAUGUCUAAAACAGAACAAAAAGACACUUUUUUUCUUGGAAAAUAUAAGAAUUUUCUUGAAAAUCAGUGGAUUGUUGUCUCACAAUGCUAACAGACUCUUAGUUGUUAUCCAGCUACCCCUCUCUCUUCAAACAUGGAGAAUGUCUCCACCCCUGGCGGUGCACUGCCUGUCUGCAAUGACUCUGUGGACUUCUACUCCCUCACGUCAGGGAACCGCACUGACUUGAACUGCACUCCUCCCUCUGAGUUUUAUUUCUAUGCUGACCUGUACAUCAUUUUACCGAUCAUCUACUCUGUAAUCUGUGCUGUGGGACUGACUGGCAACACAGCUGUCAUCUAUGUUAUCCUCAAAGCCCCCAAAAUGAAAACAGUUACCAAUAUGUUCAUCCUGAACUUGGCGAUUGCGGAUGAUUUGUUUACUUUGGUGUUGCCAAUCAGCAUAGCCGAACACUUACUCCACUACUGGCCUUUUGGUGAGGUUUUGUGCAAAGUUAUUCUUAGCAUAGACCACUACAACAUAUUCUCCAGCAUCUAUUUCCUCACAGUUAUGAGCAUAGACCGCUACCUAGUUGUCUUGGCCACAGUGAGGUCCAAACGCAUGCCUUAUCGUACCUACCGAGCAGCCAAAAUCAUCUCAUUAUGUGUCUGGGUCCUUGUCAUUCUCAUCGUCAUGCCAUUUACUGUGUUUGCCGGUGUUUACGUCAGCCCAAAUGAUGAGAGGAAGAGCUGCGUGCUCAGCUUCCCCAGCCCUGAGAGUUUGUGGUUCAAAACAAGUCGGAUCUACACACUCAUCUUGGGGUUUGCAAUCCCUGUCUCAACUAUUUGCAUCUUAUACACCAUGAUGCUCUACAAGCUUAGGAACAUGCGCCUCAACAGCAAUGUCAAGGCUCUGGACAAGGCCAAGAAGAAAGUUACCAUCAUGGUGUUCAUCGUCUUGGCCGUCUGCUUGUUCUGCUGGACGCCGUUCCACCUCAGCACCAUAGUGGCUCUGACGACGGACCUGAGGACCACGCCGCUGCUGAUUGGGAUCUCCUACUUCAUAACCAGCUUGAGCUAUGCCAACUCUUGCCUCAACCCUUUUCUUUACGCCUUCCUGGACGACAGCUUCAGGAAGGCCUUCAAGAAGAUGUUGGAAUGCAGACCGGCCUGAAUGUACGACAUGGUAAACCUGUUGCAGAGGACUAACUGUGGGAAAACAAAUUGUAACAGAAUGGGCAGAGGGGUGAUUUCCUAAUGUAUGUCAUGCAGGUUUCACUGUUGGGUUUGGUAAAGCUGCACUAGGCAAUUUUGCACAUUGUUUGCGCAUGAUAGCAAAAGAAAGGGAAAAAAACAGUCCAUAAAAAUGCCUGUAAACUGCAUGCAGCAUUCUUACCAUCACAGUAUAGUAUAAAGGAUUUACAUUGCAGGAAUCCAAAAUAAUGAGCAAGGGAAAACACCAGUUUAUUUCUGAGUACAGCUUUGUCUUGAUUUAAAGUCAAGCAUGACAUCCAGACAACUUAAUGUCAUCACUUCUGGUGGGUGGAGAUGAUUUGCUGCCAGCAGAAGUCAAUUUGUGCAAAGAGAAGCAAAUAGAAGCAUUUUAUAUAUGAGUGAGAGUCUUGUGUCAGAGCAAGGCUGUUGUACUUAAACAGAACUUGGCUAGCGCAGCUUUCAAUCACUGAAAGCACAGAAUUCUGCAAGUUCAUAAAACUAGACAAUAUUGCUUGCAAUAGGGGAUGAUAUUGGUUGACAUACAGGACAAUAAUGGCAUAAAAUAAUAAAAACAACGACAGACAGCAGGUUAUAACUGUCAGCAGAGUUUCCUGAAACAUCACUGUAUCUGAAGAUUGAUUAUUUUCAAGGUUAAGACUGCAGCUGUCAGUUUUUUUCUUCUUUUUUCGUUGAAGUAACUAAUCUAAUUUUAAGGCAGCGAGCCAAGAUGGGUCAUUGCAAACGCUUGUGACCUUCACUGGACUCUUCCCAUUUCCACAGGACUGCCUGCGAAGAAGCAAACAUCUGCUGUGUGGAGAGAAAACUGUUCAACACAGCAACACUGAUUUGCAUGCUGCCAAUCAAAUCAACAUCACAAAAAUAGUUGGGAUUGGAGGGUAGCAUGGUGUGUGUCCGGGGAACACAGGUGUCUGAUAGGAAUGGCUUACUGAGUUCUACUGUAAAAGUGGAGAGAAAAACUAUGUUUUAUAAUCAAUGCUGGUGUGAUGAUGGGGUGAGGUGAGAAAUUGUGAGAUCAUGUAUGCAAACACUUGAUCUGCCUUUGAAAUGACUUGUGUUUUGAUCAAAGUAAUCCCAAAGGAAAUGCUCCAGAACUGUGUAGAUUAUCUAAGUGUUACGGUUUUGUUUUGGGGGGUUUAAACAAGCAGGUUGCAAUCUGAACGUACAGAUUCUUAUAAUAUUCACUGUCUGGAUGAAGGGUGAAGUUGAGUUGAGUUUUUUUUUCCCCCCAGAAUGUAUAUGUGUCACUCAAGUCAUUCAAAAAGGAAUCUUACCAACCCUGACAACAGUACUGUAGGCCUGAUAUUAAACAGGCAUGGGACGGGAGGGCUAUGUAAAAUGUAUUGUGUGUUUUUCCUUCACAUAUUUCUUGUUUCCGUGAGCUUUCGUUGCCCCCUGUUGUCAGCAGGGUGGUGUUGCCUGAAAAUGCAGCCAGAGCCUUUUACAGAUUUUGAGCAAAGACGCUACUGGGGGGAGUUAUAUGUCUCCGUGUGUGUCUUUAUAAUGUUCAUUUCUCAGACACAAAGAUAAUGUGCAUUUUCUCCCUUCAUUUAACAUUUUUUCCCCAUUCACAGCUAUUUUUUUUAAAAAAAUAUCUGUAAUUCAUGAAGACUAAAAAUACCAAACUCACCAGUCUACAUUUUGAAAUCUCAUUCAUUUAAUCUAAUGGCACAAAGAGGGAAAGUUUAUUUUUUACCUCUGCAGAAGAUAGCACUGAACAACAAUCAAAUUUAGUGAAAAGCGUAAGUAAAAACAAACACACAAACAACAAAAAUCAAUCUCUAAUGGCAAUAUCAUUUUCAUCAUCACAAUUGUGUGUGUUUGAACCUUGAUUCUUCCUAUUAAAAAUGAAAUCUUAGUAUUGUCUUGCUCAAUCAUCUGUAAAAGUUUUCAAAAAGCAAAAUAACAGAUGUAUACUUUUGGGAGGUAAAGUAUAAAAUAUGGCCGACAAAUUUGGUUUCUUUGACAGUUUGAGAUUUUUCCCAGAGGUUUGGAAGAUCUGAAGCUUGACCAUGCACUACUUCAUAAAGAACCACCACUCAAGCUGUCUUUUGCUCAUUUAUCCUGUAUUCUCUGUCUCCUGUAGCGCCGUUUAACAGUAAACUGUCUCAAAAGACAGGCUGCUUCUUUGAGUGGUUUUAAAUUCUACACAUCAUGCUCUUUUAAAAGUUAAAUCACAACACCCAGCACUAAUCUAAGGUCUUGCAACCUGUAAUUGCUGUAAAAUGUAAAAACUUUAUUCCCCCUCUAUUUUGUUUUGCACAAGGCUUCAUCUGUAUGGCUCUGACUGCAACACAUACUAUGAACUGUAAAUAGUUCAGUCUUUUGUGAUUUAACUGUACAGAGGAAUGUAUAGUCAUGUAUAAUCAAAUAUUCUCUAAGAUUACAAAUUGUGUCACUCAGACAAGAAAUGAUUUAAGUUAUGAAUCAUCGUCUUAUGCAGCAUUUAAAGUCAUGAGGUCUCAUGUCAUUUAUUUGUGUAUUCUUUCAUGUCUGUCAUUAGCUGUUGCUGAUUUAAUGAUAAAUAUAUGUUCAUUUUUCCACCGGUA